CAAGCUUCCUUAGGAUUACUAAACCAGGGCCCCUUUUGGAAGAGAAUUAAAUGAACUUGAAAUGCUGGUCGACAUCAUGAGGAAUGUUCACAUCCCUACCGGCCAACUUGACCAUUUUAUAUCGAGAUACUGUGCCUCGGGAUACACAGCAAAAAAGGCAUACAUAUUCCUUGAUGACUCAAACCCCUGCCUUGAUGAUAACUACUGCAAACUAAUCUGGAAUCAGUAUGUUCCCCCCAAAGUCAAUGUUCUUAUCUGGCGUCUUCUUCUCAAUCACCUCCCCUCUAAGGAGAAUCUUAUCCUUCGAGGUGUUGAUGAUUUAUCCAACACAAAUUGUGUUUUUUGCAGUGCCCAAACGGAGGAUGUCAACCAUCUCUUUACUAAAUGCAGGAAGGUCCAGCUAUUAUGGAGCAAAAUCUGUCUUUGGUGGGGGUUCUCAUUCGUCCCUCCUGAUAACGCCUCCUUGCUUAUUCUUCAACUUUGUUCACUUCCUGACUCAAAAAAGGCACGGAACUGUUGGAUCCCUAUUGUCUUAGCAACUGCAUGGCUCAUCUGGUACUCUAGGAAUCGCGUGAUUUUCAAAUCCAUGACAUGGGAUGAAAACAACCUCGCUGACCUUGUUCAGUCAAAAACCUUUGAAUGGAUUAAAGGGAUCUCCACCUCUGCUGCAUUUUCCUUUGGGGAUUGGUGUCAAUUUCCAAUGCUGUGCUCUAAGGAGACUUAACCUUUUCCCUUUUUCUUUCAUUCUAAUCAUGUCUAUGGGAGAGUACCCCUUGUACUCAAUUUUAUAAUAAAAUUUUAAUUCAUCU